UGGUUGGCGUGGCCGGGACACGCCCCCCGGGAGCGGAACAAAACGGCGCGCGGGCCGGGCGAGCCCAGCCCCGCUUCCAGAGCGCCGCCCGCCGUCGCUGCCGCUACCGAAAGCCCAGCCGCCACCGCCGCCAGAAUGCCGAACUGGGGAGGAGGCAAGAGGUGUGGGGUGUGCCAGAAGACGGUGUACUUUGCCGAAGAGGUUCAGUGCGAAGGCAGCAGCUUCCACAAAUCCUGCUUCCUGUGCAUGGUCUGUAAGAAGAAUCUGGACAGCACCACCGUAGCCGUGCACGGCGAGGAAAUCUACUGCAAGUCCUGUUAUGGCAAGAAGUAUGGACCCAAGGGCUACGGCUACGGGCAGGGCGCGGGCACACUGAGCAUGGACAAGGGGGAGUCGCUGGGCAUCAAGCACGAGGAAACCCCGGGCCACCGGCCCACCACCAACCCCAACGCAUCCAAGUUUGCCCAGAAGAUCGGGGGCUCCGAGCGCUGCCCGCGGUGCAGCCAGGCCGUCUACGCAGCCGAGAAGGUGAUUGGUGCCGGGAAGUCCUGGCAUAAGUCCUGCUUCCGAUGCGCCAAGUGCGGUAAAGGCCUGGAGUCCACCACCCUGGCCGACAAGGAUGGCGAGAUUUACUGCAAAGGAUGCUACGCUAAAAACUUCGGGCCCAAGGGCUUUGGCUUUGGACAAGGGGCCGGGGCCCUGGUCCACUCUGAGUGAGCCCUACCUGCCCCGCUACCCAUGCCCACGCUUCUCAUCACCAUCCCCUGCCCGGCAGCCUCGCCACCUCCAGGAUUCAUCCCUUCAGCCCUGCACACAUCACUAAGGACUUGAACUUGGGUGUCUGGCUUCCCUCGAUCUGGGGGUCUGCUGGAGGCCCCACUCCUCGAAGGCACUCCCCCCUUGCCCAGGACCAGCAGGAGGCCUCAGGACUUUUGUCCCCCCAACACCCACUCCCCAGGAGAGUUCUCAGCCUCUUGGGCUGGGUGUCUGUCAUCAGUGGGGCCCAGGAGGAGGGGAGCAGGGAGGGAGCAGGUCCCAGUGGCGGGUGGGCUGGGAGGGCUGUGCUCCUCCCUGGGGAGGGGGGGCCUUCUGAUAUCAGGAUGUGGUCUGGCCUUCCCAGGCGUCGAGCUCCCUGUUUGAGGGGGGCCUUGAUGAUGAAACAGCCCAGCGACACUGGUGUGAGGCCUGGGCCCUGAGCUAGCGGGCAGCUCCUGCUCGGUUGAGCGCAGGCCAGGCCCAGGCUCUGUCCUUAACACGCCUGCUGGCCCUCAGCAGUGGAGGGAGGCACAUGCAGCCUUUGCCUGGACACCCCUGUCCCUGCCACCCCACCGUGCAGCAGGGACCCCUCUCUGGCCACCCCACCCCACCCACCCCUUCCAGGUCCCCCAGGUCAAGAGCAGCAGGAGGACAGGGAGGAGCCAGGCCCGGCCGCCCCAGGGGCUGGAAGGACCGCUGCCACCUGGCCUGGGGGCUGCAGCGUGGCCUGUACUCAAGCUGACCCCCCGCCCCGUCAAUAAAGCUGUCAGAAGAGAA